AUGACGGGGCCCAUAGGAACUGGGAGCUUCGGCUCCUUGGGGCCUUACGGAGCAGAGACAGAGGCCGCAAGGGCGGGGAGGCGCCAGGACGCGGAGCGGCAACAGUACAUCACCAAAAUCCCCUCUUCUUCCUUUCUACGCAUCACACCAGAGAGGACAGACAGACUCAACGCUGCCGAUGCCCUCUUCGCAGUCCCUGUUGCCGAGCAGCAGCGACUGGUGGAGCGUUUUAUUGACUACGCAGAGCAGGUGAGAGGGGCCCAGCUGCACCUGCUGCGGGAGCACGAUGGCUCUCCAGUUGAGCAGCGGUUUCUGCAACAAGUCGAACUUCUUCAGCGUCCCUUCGCUGCAACGGAUGCAGCAGCAGACAUCACAGGGCAAAGCCGAGCCAACAGCAGCAGCAAUGGCAUUAGCUACGGCAUCAGUAACGGUAGCACCUCGAUGGCCGCGUCUGUGGGGACUAAGGAGUGUCUUCGAGGGCAGCAUCCUUCGUUUGUGCGUUUUCGUCUGAUAGAAGGAGCUGUCUCCUCCUUGGUGCUGGGCCCAGGCGGAGGGUCUGGUUGCGGGUCGCAGGUUCAGAUGCGGACGUCUUCGGGGUUCCAAGGAGGAGACAGCGACGCAGUAACGCACGGCAGCAGCACCAUAAGCACGAACGGCGAGGGAGAGGAGGAGGAGACCCUUUUCGCGUGUCAGUUGGAGAGCUUCUUGCAGCUUGCAGUCAACGAGAUAGCGACGAACGAGCUGAUGGGAUGGGAGGGGCAGGCGGAGACAAAGAACGCUGCAGCUGUGCAGCUGAGGUGCCGUAGGGUGGUUAUGGCGGGGGCCCUUGUCCCUCUGGCCCUCGAUGACACUCUUGUCAUUGAACACAAAGUGACGCUCCGCAGGGGGACUGUCUCCUCAACCUCCAACAAGGCACCGCAGGCCAACGGGGCGCCUCCUGAGGGGACGCCUUCCGGGGCGCUUGACAUUGCGGGGGACACAGAGAGACUGCGGGACACGCUACACCAACACGCCUAUCAAGGUUGUCUCCGUGUCCCCGUUACCGACCAGUUCAAGCCGGCCUUCACCCCUCUGCGCGCCCCCCGCGACACCUGUGACUGGGCCUCGCAGCUGGACGGCAGUGCCGUAGUUCAGUUGGACCCGAAGUUGCAGGAGUUUGUGCCACAGCUCCGGCAGCGGUUCCGGACGCUGACGGAGACACUUGCUGCAAUUAAGGAUUCCUUCGGCAGCCUCGAAGCCUUCGCGGAGGGCCACAAGCUCUUCGGUCUCCAGCGCGAGGUAGUAGACGGUGUCUGCGGGUACGCGUACCGCGAGUGGUUGCCGAACGCCAAGGCGGUGUAUCUCUUUGGAGACUUCAACAACUGGGACCGUUCCUCGCAUCCUCUUAAGCGGGAGCGUCGUGCUGUCGCUCCCUCUUUCUUUGAGGCCUCGUUGGGGGCCCUCAAGGGCGUUAAGGCCGACUUGUUAGCUGAACAGGCACCCGGCGAACAGCUCAGCUCCGUCUGGUCCAUCUUCAUACCCGACAACUCCGACGGCUCCCCUGCACUCUCCCAUCGCUGCCGGCUCCGGGUGCUGGUGGUGCCUCAAGAAGGAGAUCCCAUCGACAGAGUGCCCAGUUGGUCGCGAGUAGUAUGGCGCAGUGAGGAUUCCGGGCUCUUCAACGCAGUUCUGUGGAAUCCACCAGAGGAGGUAGGCGUCUUCUGCGUAGAAUAA